AUGGACGACAAGGUUGGCCCAGUAACAUUGGAUGGUAAACACGAGGUGGCCGCGCUUAUCCGCAGCCGGUUUUUGCAGCACUUGAAGGAUGCAGGUGGUGGAAGCGUUUUGCGGGGCUGGAGGAGCUCCUUGGAUCCGGAUUUCCAUCAACGAGCUGCUAGACAGGAUGUUUGCAAAAUGGUGCUCGCUGCGAACCUUGAGGGCGGAGAGGCAGCAGCGCAUGUGCUCCUGACGCAGUUCGGAACCUGUGAAUCUUUAUCGCUGGUCGAGAUCGCGCCCGAGGCAGGUGUUUUGGUGUGCCGUUUCCGUCGUUUCCUUGCCCAGUUUGGCAACAUCAGGAAAUUUCUCGAAGAUAUGCAAGCUGCCGGCAACAUGGAGCUCAGCUUCGACGGCUUUGCUGCACUUUGUCGGAGGCACGGCUUCGACCCGGGAGCCCAUGAUUUGCGGGACCUCUUCAGCCUUUGCAGCAAGGGAAAAGACCAUCUGUCACCAGAGGAUUUCUUGUUCUUGGAGACGGAUGAGAACGUGCGGCAGCAAGAGAUCACCAGACAAAGCCAGCUGAAGUUCACCAAGCAGGAUGUGCACCACGCCUUCCUGGCAGAAGCUUACAAGGAAGACCGCGGACGCAGCGUGUCAAAUCGCCACAGACUGGCCCCGCGCCCCUGGCAUGAUCGUGCCUUCGAGACGCUGCCGCAGGUAAUUUCUCGCAGAAACCAGUCUUGGUUCCACGAGAAGAAAAGCAAGAAUGCAGAGGCUCGGCAGCAGUUCUUGAAGUACAUUCGAAGGAACUACGGAUCAGAGGUGCGCGCUUGGAGACGGGCAUUGGACCCUGAUGCGACAUUCCAACUCACGCUGACGACCUUCAAGCGAUGGUUUCGCAAUGAGACGAACCUCCGCGAGAGCAUCGACUUGCAGACGCUUUGGCGCUCCCUCGACCGGGAUGGCAGCGGCUGCCUGGGGAUGGAGGAACUUGCGCCGCAGUCAGCUGCCACAUUGGGCUGCUUUAGAAAAUGGCUCCGAGGCAGACUGGGCUCGUGUGCUUCUGCCUGGGAGCAUGAGGCGGUUUCUGAUGCCUUCUCCAACUUACACGCCGAGGGCUCCUGGGUGUCAAGAACCAAAUUGCUCAUCAAUGCCUUCGCAAAGGCCAUCAAGCAAAUUGGUUGGCGACCGAUUCUGGAUCAGCAAACGCGUUUGGCGCUGCUUGCUUCGUUGGACUACUUUGGCUGCGGCUUCCUGUCGCGAUCAGAUCUGGAAUGGCUGGAUGCCUGGGAGCCACCUGAGUGGCUUUAUUCCGAGCCAGAUGGUGAAGCAUGGGUGCAACUCCGCCGGCUGAUCAUGGGGCGAUACGAACAUCCCUUGGCUGCUUGGCGGGGCCUCCUGGACAGGGACGACUCCAACAGUGUAUCUUGGAGCGAGUUCAAGGAGGCUUGUCGGAGGGUUGGCUUUCAAGGCAACAUCGGUGGAGCGUGGAGAACUUUGGACGACGAUCUGUCAGGUACCAUCACCCUCCGGGAAUUCGAUGCAGCUAGCGCGAAGAUCUUGACAUCGUUCAAGGCUUGGUGUGAUUUGCACUACGGGUCCUUCGAGCAUUUGUUCAAGUCGAUGGACAAGGACCGAAGUGGCGGAGUUUCGUUUUCGGAGUUGCGACGUGCCUGCAGAAAUGGUGGCUGGAAAGGCAACGUGCACGUGCUGUUCAAGUGCCUCGAUGUGGAUAAUUAUGGAGACGGCCAGCGAACCAUCGAGUUGGAAGAGCUGCAGUUUCUGGAUUCCUGGGAUCCACUGGAAGAUGAGCCCCUGGAGGAGCACCUAAACCAGGCAGACGAAACGGCGCGAAUGCCCGCUCGCAGAUCGCAGCUCUCGCAGUCGUCUCCAGUGUUGCCCAAGCUCGUCUGA